UGUUCAGGCGUUAGCUUGUUAUGUAGCAACUUAGCCGGAGAACGGUGUGUUAUCUGCUGAUUUUUCUUGCAAUGGUUCCUCUUUCAGCCUAAUAUAAGCCACGAUAAUACACUAAUCGCGCACAGAGGCGUUGUCGCUUAUUUAUUUUACCUAUUAUGUUGACUGUUGCGUAUUGUACGAGCGGUGACAACUUGGGCAUGGUCAUGUUAGCUGAGUAGCUACCUAGCACGCCUUCAGCCUUCCUAGUUCUUUAGAUGUCAUGUUGCAUGAAAAGCUGACCUUGUAGGUACCGCCAGCUGGUUUAAUUAGGUUCUGUCAGAGCUAUGGCAUCAACCAGGCUCUUGUGUUUGUUCAGCGCGAGAGUAGCAGGCUCGACCAAAACCUUAGUCAGAGCUGGGUGCAGUGUGUGCUUCAGGAGAAAUGUUAGCAGUUCACCUUCAAGGCGGCAGAGCUGCAUGUCAGCCUGGGUCAUUGAUCAGUAUGGUACUAAUGGGGUUUUGAGGUACACAGACGAAGUCACUGUACCUACUGUCAGUUCUCCCAGUGAGGUGAUGAUUAAAGUCCAUGCGGCUAGUCUCAACCCUCUUGAUAUAUCUAUGAGGGGUGGUUAUGGAGCAAAAUUGCUAAAGUUAAGAAGGGACCCAAUGUCUGUGAUGGACAGUGAUAGUGAGUUUCCUGUGAUUCUGGGUCGUGAUGUCUCUGGUGUAGUGGUGGACUGUGGAUCUGAUGUUACCCAUUUUACUCCAGGAGAUGAGGUGUGGGCUGCUGUUCCUCCAUGGAAACAAGGAAGUCUGGCAGAAUUUGUGACUCUAACAGAGUAUGAGGUUUCCCAUAAGCCAGAUUUAAUGAGUCACACAGAGGCAGCCUCCAUCCCCUAUGUAGCCAGCACUGCUCUAUCUGCACUUGUCAAUGCAGGUGGUCUUUGCAGAGACAGCUCUUCCAAUAAAAGGGUUUUGAUCACUGGAGGAUCAGGAGGUGUUGGAACAUUCUCUAUUCAGUUAUUGAAGGCCUGGGGUGCCCACGUAACAGUUACCUGCUCCCAGAAUGCAGAGGGCCUUGUUCGAGGGCUGGGGGCCGAUGAAGUGGUGGAUUACACAGCAGGAGAUGUGGUUGAACAGCUAGAAAAUAUGGAAAAGUUUGACGUGAUUUUGGACAACGUCGGUGGAGACACGGAGCAGUGGGCGGUGGGCCUGCUGAAGCCCUGGUCUGGGGCGAAGUACAUCACACUGGUGACACCUUUACUCCUCAACACUGAUUCCAUGGGCCUGCUGGAGGGGACGAUUCACGCUGGAUUCACCCUGCACACCAAGGCCUUACAGAACAUAAUAUCAAGCGGAGUCUUCUACCGGUGGGGAUUUUAUGCUCCAGAUGGGCCUGCUCUGGACGAGAUCAGAAAGCUGGUUGAUGCAGGGAAGAUCCUGCCAGUUGUGGAGGCCCAGUUUCCUUUCACCCAGGUGCCCCAGGCUUUUCAGAAGCUGGAGCAGGGCCACGCCAGAGGGAAGACCGUGAUCAGGGUGGCCGAAAAGGACGACAGACAGGCUGAAGAGCUGGUGCAGAAUAUCUGCACAGAGGCUGCAGAGUCAGAGCAGGAAGUGCAAGGAACAGCCAAGCAACACUGAAGAGAGGAAGCGGAGUGUCUAGAGAAUAAAGCUUCUGUGAUCCCUCUCACCUUUACAAGGCGAUUCUUGACAGCAGCAGGCUGUAGUAUCUGAACAAAUCAGAGGUGCUGCUAUAGUGGAGCAGACUACAAGCGUGAUCUGAGCUUGCAACGGGAGAGUGCCAAAGACUGUUGUUCUUGUUGAACCUUACAACCUCCUGUGCUGUCUUGAAGUUUUCACAGGGUGCUUGACUUAUGCUGUUUUCAUGUCAUGGUGAAGUUACUGAUAAUUACCAACUGAGGACUAAUAAAUACCAUUCAGGUCAGUAUCCAGCUGGUAAUUACAGCCAGGCGUUUGGUAACUUUAUGACAGCUGUUACAUAAUUAAAAAAAAUUUGUUGCGCGCAUAGUCAGCUUGAAAUGUUCAGUCAACACAUGUUUAUGUGCAGUACCAGGGAAGCAGAACCAACAGGAUAAGGCAGGUCACUAUUUGCACUGUCCCCAUGUUGAGUUGUUUGAUUACUACUACAAGUGCAUGCAAAUCAUUUCCUCAUCAUCACCUUGCAUCCCACAUCAUGUGGCGCCAUCAUACAGUUAAUCUAAGCAGAAAACAUUGGUUCAACUUCUGGGGAACAACAAAUAAUGAAACUUCAGAUCUGAUAUAUUUAGUUUCUACACUGUUGUAUAGAAGUGCAGCUCAUUCUACUGUACAAUGUA